UUCCAGGCUAACCCCGACUACCAGAUGAGCGGAGAUGACACUCAGCACAUCCAGCAGUUCUACGAUCUCUUGACCGGCUCCAUGGAGAUCAUCCGAGGGUGGGCAGAGAAAAUUCCUGGCUUCACCGAUCUCCCUAAAACGGACCAGGACCUGCUUUUCGAAUCCGCCUUCCUGGAGCUGUUUGUGCUGCGGCUGGCGUACAGGUCAAACCCAGUGGAGGGCAAGCUUAUCUUCUGCAACGGGGUAGUCCUGCACCGGCUGCAGUGUGUCCGCGGUUUUGGGGAGUGGAUUGACUCCAUCGUCGAGUUUUCCUCCAACUUGCAAAACAUGAACAUCGACAUCUCUGCCUUCUCGUGCAUCGCGGCCCUGGCCAUGGUCACAGAGAGGCACGGGCUUAAGGAGCCCAAGAGGGUGGAAGAACUGCAAAACAAGAUUGUAAAUUGUCUCAAAGACCAUGUGACUUUCAAUAACGGGGGGCUGAAUCGCCCCAAUUAUUUGUCCAAACUCUUGGGGAAGCUCCCUGAACUUCGCACGCUUUGCACGCAGGGGCUGCAACGCAUUUUCUACCUGAAACUGGAAGAUUUGGUGCCACCGCCAGCAAUAAUCGACAAACUUUUUCUGGACACUUUACCUUUUUAAGACUCUUCCUGUGCACCUCCACUGAACUGAAGAGGAAGUUCAGGUGUCUGAAGGGGAAAAAGAAGAGGGCCCAAAGCAGCACCUCUGGGUGCCCAGCUUCCCACCCCAGUAGUGUUGCUAACCUCCCACAGGCAGACCGUGAACGGGCAUUUUGGCUCUGGGGCAUCAUGGAUGGGCAUCAUGUGGACUACACAAAUACCAUGGUAUAAACUUUUUAUUAUCAGCUUAUAAAUGAAUUUAUUAUU